AACAGAUGGCAGUAAAGAGCACUGAGAGCUCGACCGUGAUGACGACAUGCACUACGUCACGCAGCAAACAUGGCGGCGCAGUGAGGGUUCCCAUGCUCGACUGUUGAUAAAUGAUUUUUAAACUGUUUACCGUAACAAAACGUACCAUAAAACGACUGAAGACAAAAUGUCACGACUUAUUGUGAAAAACCUACCGAAUGGGAUGAAAGAGGAGCGCUUCCGUCAGAUGUUUGCAGCCUUCGGGACGCUGACAGAUUGCGGGCUGAAGUUCACCAAAGACGGCAAGUUUCGGAAAUUCGGCUUCGUUGGAUUUAAGUGUGAAGAAGAUGCCUCCAAAGCGCUGAAACAUUUCAAUAAAAGCUUUGUAGACACGUCCAGAGUGACGGUGGAAUUUUGUACAGAUUUUGGAGACCCCAACAAAGCGAGACCCUGGAGCAAGCACAGCCACCAGCCUGACAAAAAAAAAGAUGAACAGAAGCCAGAAGGAGAAAAGAGAGAUGAGCACAAGGGAAAGAAAGAGAAAAAGCCUCUUGAUGUUCUUGGAGAACUGAAAAAUGAUGAAGGUUUCCAAGAGUUCCUGGCAGUGCACAAAAAUCGCACACAGGUGCCUACUUGGGCCAACGACACUGUGGAAGCCAGUGCAGUGGAAAAGACCCAAAAGACAGAGAAAAAGAAAGAAAAGAAAGCUGCCAAAGAUGACUAUUUAAACUUUGACUCGGAUGAGUCAGAGGAGCUGAGUGAUGAUGAGGAUGAGGAGCAGGGUGCAUCCGAGGAUGAAGAUAAGCAGGAUUCUGCUAAGAUGGCUCUAAAGGAAGGCCUAUCAGAUAUGGACUACCUCCGCUCCAAAGUGGUGAAGAAACCAGACACAGUGGAUGAGAAAGUGGAUGAUGAUGAUGAAGAGCUGGUGGAGGAGGAUAAUGCAGAAGAAGAAGAAGAAGAGGGUGCAAAGCAACAGAUGGACAGUGCAUAUGAGAGUGGAGAUAAAGACAUCCAGAAGGCAACACCAUCAUCAUCAUCACAAAACAAGUUUGAACCUGCUACAGAAUUCACAGUCAAGCUCCGAGGAGUGCCAUUCACUGUUAAAGAGCAACAAGUGAGAGAGUUUAUGCUGCCACUGAAGCCUGUGGCCAUCCGUAUUGCCAAGAACAAAGAAGGCCGUAACUCAGGUAAUGUGUAUGUGGACCUGAACUCAGAAGCUGAGGUGGAAAGAGCUCUGAAACUCGACAAAGAUUAUAUGGGUGGACGUUAUAUUGAAGUGUUCCGUGCCACAAACUUCAUUGACAAGAGGAAAACGAGAGCAGCUCAACAGGAGAAAAACUUCAUCUCUGAGCUGAAAGAGGAUGAAGAAGAGGAGGACGUGGCAGAAUCUGGAAGGCUCUUUGUGAGGAACCUGCCUUAUACAUGUACAGAAGAAGAGCUGAAAGAGCUGUUCACUAAGCACGGUCACCUCUCAGAGCUCCAUUUUCCCAUAGACUCUCUGACUAAGAAACCCAAGGGCUUUGCCUUUGUUACCUACAUGAUCCCAGAAAAUGCUGUGACUGCUUUAGCCCAGCUGGAUGGUCAUAUAUUCCAGGGCCGGAUAUUGCACAUCAUACCCUCCAGGAUAAAGAAGGAGAAGCCAGAGCAGGGUCCCAAUGCUCCAGGCAGUUCUUCAUAUAAGAGGCAGAAAGAUGCAAAGGAUAAGGCAGCCAGUGGCAGCUCUCAUAAUUGGAACACGCUGUUCCUGGGUAUGAGUGCAGUAGCUGAUGCCAUUGCUGAGAAAUACAACACGACCAAAAGCCAAGUCCUUGAUCAUGAGUCACAGGGCAGUCUGGCUGUGAGAAUGGCACUUGGUGAGACACAGAUCAUUCAGGAAACUAGACAGUUCCUGCUGGACAAUGGUGUGUCUCUGGACUCCUUCAGUCAGGCUUCAGGCCAGAGGAGUAACUCUGUGAUCUUGGUGAAGAACCUGCCAUCUGGAGUACAAGCGAAAGAUCUGGAGGCUCUUUUCUCCCCUCAUGGCUCUCUGGGGAGGGUUCUGCUGCCGCCUUCUGGCCUCACCGCUAUUGUGGAAUUUCUGGAGCCCACUGAAGCCAAACGUGCCUUCACCAGACUCGCAUAUAGUAAGUUUCAGCACGUUCCCUUGUAUUUAGAGUGGGCUCCAAUGGCUGUCUUUUCAACACCUCCUAAGCAGCACAAAGCAGCCGAACUUGAAGCUGUGAAUAAAAAUGCGGCAGAUCAGCAAACAGACACAAACAAGAAGGAGGAAGAUGAUGAGGAGGAAGAUGAGGAUGAAGAGGAAAGUCUGCCUGGUUCAACACUCUUCAUUAAGAACCUGAACUACAGCACCACUGAGGAGUCGCUACAGGAGAUCUUCUCCAAAUGUGGAGCAUUGAAAAUGUGCUCUAUAUCCAAGAAAAGAGAUAAAUCAGGCAAACUGUCAUCUAUGGGCUAUGGUUUCAUACAAUACAAAACUCCUAAAGCAGCCCAGAAAGCUAUCCGUCAGCUACAACAUUGUACUGUCGAUGGGCAUCAACUUGAGCUGAAAAUUUCUGAAAGAGAAUUAAAGUCAGGUGUGACACACACUAGCAGGAAGAAACAAACAGCUAAAAAACAGACAACAUCUAAGAUCUUGGUGCGAAAUGUCCCCUUCCAGGCUACAGUCAAGGAGCUUAGAGAGCUUUUCUGUACAUUUGGGGAGCUGAAGACCGUCCGUCUGCCAAAGAAAGGAGUUGGUGGAGCUCACCGUGGCUUUGCUUUUGUGGACUUUCUUACGAAGCAGGAUGCCAAGAAAGCUUUCUCUGCGCUGUGUCACAGCACCCAUCUGUACGGUAGGAGACUGGUGCUGGAGUGGGCCGAUGCAGGGGAGAGUGUAGAAGAACUGCGGAGAAAAACAGCUCAACACUUCCAUGAUGCUCCUAAGAAGCGGAAGCAAGCACAAGUUUUGGAGGGCAUCCUGGAGCAAAUGGAGGUUGGGGAAGGAGAUGAAUGAACAACAGCUAAUCUUUUAUAUGGGAACAAGUACAGGGCUUCCCAUCAAGAAUAAUGAUGUUUCAUAAAAAUACUGCUUCCACACAUCCCAGCUCUACAUGUACCAACUCGAUGGUCCCUGAUUAUUCACAUGGAGCCCUAAUUUGGACAGUAGUGCCACAAAGCGUUUAAACUGUUCAUUUGUUAAGCAAGACCUACACAUUUGGGUGGACUUUGUAAGCCAUACCUGCGUUUGUAAUUGAGUGGGUCUCCAUUAACACAGCUGUUAUUAUAAAAUAAUGAUGUUUUAAAAUAAUGACAUACCUGUAUUUUUGGUCAUGUUUAUAUGGUUCAGCAGUGUGUUGUAUCUUUGUAAUAUACCUUUUAUUCAAUGAAGGGAAAGUGUUCACUUUCCAAAGUUAAAGGCGUAUUGUAUUUAUGGACAAGAAAAGAAUAAUGGUUUUGUCUAUAAAAACAAAUAUUUCUGAUUC